GACAUUAUGGCUAAUAACUCAACAGGUUUAGAGAGCCCAUGGCCAGAAAACUUUUGGGAUGACCUGAUCCUGUCCUUCACAGUGUCCGUGGCCAUUGGGCUGGUGAUAGGAGGGAUAAUCUGGGCUCUGCAGUUCUGCCUAUCCCGUCGUCGAGCCAGUGCCCCCAUUUCACAGUGGAGCUCCAGCCGGCGCUCUAGGUCCGCUCACGGCCACAGUCUCAACAGAACCGGAUUCUACCGGCACAGCGGAUGUGAGCGGAGGAGCAACCUCAGCCUGGCCAGCCUCACCUUCCAGCGGCAGGCAUCUCUGGACCAAGCCAAUUCCUUCCCGAGGAAAUCCAGCUUCCGGGCCUCCACCUUCCACCCCUUCUUGCAAUGCCCACCACUCCCUGUGGAAACCGACAGUCAACUGGUGACUCUCCCAUCCACCAACACCUCCCCCAUCAUCAACCCCACCCACAGUCUGAGCCGCCCAGAGUUCCACUGGUCCAAUAACAGUCUCCGUAUUGGCCAUUCCACACAGACUCCUCCUCCUGCCUACGAGUCCAUCAUCAAAGCAUUUCCAGAUUCUUGAAUGGAGUUUUGAUUCCUUUUGUGUGUGUGUGCUUGAGUGAGGGAAGAAAUCCUAAGUCUACUUUACUACCUAUGUUUUUUAUUUCUCCAGCUGUGUGAAGCCAGCUAGGAAGUUCUCAAUGUUUAAAAGGGUGAGUGAAGGCUGAGCACCGUGGUACGUAAGAUGCCACGUUUUGCUUAGGAAAAUCACAAUCACGUAUAUCACAAGACACAAAAUCUCCUCUCCUCUCAUUCCGUAAUCCUUUUCAAUCAACAUCAUCAUGAAUCUUUAAAGAGCAAAAGGGAAGGAACUUUGUUAUCAAAGAAUCAUCUCUAGUACUGUGUACUCAUUACAGACUUUAAAAAAAUGCCUAUAAUUUACAUUUGACUUAAAAAAGGAAAACAAAGAAAAAAACACCUUUCCCAAAAACAAAGCCAAGACUUUUUAUUGCCAUUAUAAACUUCACUACAAAAUAAUGACAUGGAAAUAAAUGGUCAGAAUUUCCCCUUCGAAAAUUUUCAUUUGCUGUAGGCUGGUGCCCUCACUUCAAAUGAAUCCUUAACACAUGCCACUCUUAGACCGUAAGAGAAUGAAAUCCCAGGUUUACAAGAAGCAACAUCUCUUAGACAUUCUUUAGUAUUAAUAUUGUAUCUGAAUACUUGGAUGCAGUGCUAGACUGCCUGGGGCAACUGAAUGUGCAAGCAAGGAGAAGCAGAGACUGUGUUCAUGAGGACAAGGUUCUGAUGAAUCAAGGAACUGAACCUUUGCUAGAAAACUCCUUUUCUAGCACAGUGGAGGAAGAGUAGAUCUAUUUUGUGCUAUUUAGACUUGUAAGGUUGUUAUGGGCAGGGAACAUGUCCACUUAUUCUGUUCUAUUCUGCUCCCCCAAGCACUUAGUAUGGUGCUCUACAGGGUAGUAAGCACUCAUAACUACCACUGAUUGAUUGUCUGAUAAGGUCAAUAUGGAAAGUCAUUCAAGUCUCUGUUAAAUACAGGACAAGAUCAUUUCAGAUCCCUAAACCUCUUAUUUUUCCCUUUCCAAAUAUCAAGGUUAAAAAAACACAGAACUUGGAUUUUACCUAACAAAAAUUUAAGUUUGGUAAAUGGCCUGGUUAAGUUUUAGUGAGUCUGGUUACUAGAUAGUCUGGAAUAUAAUUCUAGGGACUACAUACCCAAAGCAGAGCAGUGAAGGUUAAAGAAUCCAUUCUCUCAGUCUCUCUCACAAAGCACAUAAAAUAUAGGAGGUAAGGGGAGUGAAGCUGCAUGACCUACUGGAGUGAGCAUGGGCCUGGGAGCCAGAGGACCUUGGUUCUAAUCCUGGCUCUUCCAAAUGGUUGCCAUUUGA